CACUGACCUCAAAUCGACGUCGGACGGUGCUGUUAUUGUUCGGUUUGAAGAGUUUGGGGUGGCCGGUGCUUUGUUUUUAUUUUGGGGGCUUUAAGCUACCACUAGCAGGCUAAUUCCACUUAAAUAACACCACCUGCUUGCCUGGGCUGAGGUUUAUUUUAAUAUUAAAGCAUAAUUUUAUCCAGGUAGUGGUAAGCUAACAAGUUAUUUCCCCAAAGUAGCUGAUGGAUGCGCGGGUAUCGGAGUUAUUUGGCUCAGGAAAUGGACACUGCUCUGGAUCUCAAGGUGUUGCGUCCAAUGUCAAUCCGGGAAAUGGCUACGGGGUAGCCCCCAAAAAGGCUUGUGUAAAGAACAACAAGAAACCCAAGACUCGAUUCGCUCGAAACUUCAAACCAAGCAAUAACACCCCAUAUCUACCUCCAGAGGCUGAAGAGGGAAAUAUAGAGUACAAGCUAAAGCUGGUGAACCCCACGCAAUACCGCUUUGAGCACCUGGCUACACAAAUGAAAUGGCGACUGCAGGAGGGCAGAGGUGAAGCUGUUUAUCAAAUAGGUGUUGAGGAUAAUGGCAUGCUGGUGGGACUAUCAGAGGAAGAUAUGAGGACAUCACUAAAGACGCUGCACAUGCUGGCAGAGAAAGUUGGAGCCGACAUUGCUGUUCUCAGAGAAAGAGAGGUGGACUACGACUCUGAUGUGCCUCGUAAGAUUGCUGAAGUUCUCAUUCGCAAGGUGCCAGAUGACCAGCAGUUCUUGGACCUGCGAGUAGCUGUACUGGGUAACGUGGACUCGGGCAAGUCCACUAUGUUGGGUGUUUUGACACAGGGUGAGUUGGACAAUGGACGGGGAAGAGCGAGGCUCAACCUCUUCAGACAUCUACAUGAGAUCCAGACUGGACGCACUUCAAGCAUCAGCUUUGAGAUCCUUGGCUUCAAUAGUAAGGGAGAGGUUGUGAAUUACAGCGAGUCUCGGACAGCAGAGGAAAUUUGUGAGAGUGCCUCUAAAAUGAUCACAUUCAUUGAUCUGGCGGGUCACCACAAGUACCUGAAGACCACCAUCUUUGGCCUCACCAGCUACUGUCCGGAUUUCGCUAUGCUGGUCGUCAGCGCAAAUACCGGCAUUGCUGGAACGACACGGGAGCAUCUUGGACUUGCCAUGGCCCUGAAGGUGCCCAUCUUCAUCGUCAUCAGUAAGGUCGACCUCUGUACGCGGGCCACAGUGGAGCGCACUGUGCGGCAGCUGGAGCGUGUCCUGAAGCAGCCGGGCUGUAACAAGGUGCCCAUGGUUGUAAGCAAUACAGACGAUGCUGUCACAGCAGCACAGCAGUUUGCCCAAUCACCCAACAUCACACCCAUCUUCACCGUGUCCAGUGUGUCUGGAGAGAGUCUGGACUUGCUCAAGGUCUUCUUCAACACCAUCCCUCCUCUCAGCAACAGCAAGGAGCAGGAGGAGCUUAUGCAACAGCUAACUGAGUUUCAGGUGGAUGAGAUCUACACAGUGCCAGAGGUGGGGACUGUGGUGGGAGGUACUCUGUACAGUGGUAUUUGCCGUGAGGGAGAUCAUCUUGUAGUAGGGCCCACAGACUCAGGCCAAUUCCACAAGUUGACCAUCGGGAGCAUCCAAAGAAACCGCUCAGCAUGCAGGGUACUCAAGGCCGGUCAGGCUGCCACCCUCGCCCUGGGCAACUUCGACCGCUCACUACUACGCAAGGGCAUGGUGAUGGUGAGUCCGGAGAUGGAUCCUACCAUCUGCUGGAUGUUUGAGGCUGAGAUUGUGCUGCUCUUCCAUGCCAAGACCUUUCACAAGGGCUUCCAGGUUACUGUGCACAUUGGCAAUGUGAGACAGACCGCCACUGUGGAAGCUGUAUAUGGCAAGGAGGAGCUGAGGACAGGGGAGAAAGCAGUGGUUCUCUUCAAGUUCAUCAAGCACCCAGAAUACCUAAAGGUGGGAGCUAAAGUUCUCUUCAGAGAGGGCGUGACUAAAGGGAUCGGUCACGUCACCAAAUUGCAGCCCAUCGCCCAGUACCGGCCAUCCCAAAGUGAGGAUGACGAAGCCUGAGUUUCUCAGAGGAAACAACAGAAAAAACCGUCCCACCCAAAAACGAGGUGCUUUAUAUAAACAUCCUCCUGCUUUCUCCAAAGGCCACUCUAUCCUGUUAAUUAUCUCUCUUGUUUUAUCACCCUUUUCCAAAGCCUUUUUUCACCAUCCUCCUAAUUUUUCUCCCUCAUCUUUUUAAAUAACUCCUGAUUUAUAUUAGCCUGCUUUCUGGUGUUGAGGUUAAAAGAGUGUUGCUUUUCUCGGCACUGUUAAGAGGAAACCCCACAUUCGCUUAGCAACGUCUACCAAAGUGAUUUUGACUGUCAAGAACAACACAAUAUUGCAAAUGGCAACUAGGAAAUGGCUUACACACACCUACAUUGAAGUGCUGCUUCCACAGUUUACACCUAGAUGCACUCCUAAAACACUUAACACACUGAAACAUAAAUGCCAGUGUGGAUAUACCUUUGGCAGAUAAUCGUUUACAAACAGUUGCAAGUUUGAGAUGCUUGGACAUUAAGGUGUAACCUGUAUCACCAAUGUCAUUGUUGUCAUCACCCAACAGCAGCUUGUCUGUGUGACCAGCAUAGUGCCUGACUGAUAAGGACAAGCCUCACUCUAUUCAAAUACUCUUAAAUCAUACCCUUUUCUUAGUAACCGCUAAUUAAUUAUGUAAGAUAAUAGUAAAAGCAUUAAGAUGCUUUUGUGGUUCUCCGACACAGCUUGUCAGUUGAAUAUAAGCUAAACCAUCUUUAUUUCAAGCUAUAAUAUUGCUGACAAUAGCACUUAAUGAAGUUAAAGGAGAGCAUUGCGAGGUCAGCAAAGUUAGAACUUGACCAGCAUGUCAGCAUGCCAAGAUAACUCACAUUGGCAUCACCUUGUAUGGGGUUUUGUUAUGUCACAUAUGUCUGUGAGAAUUGUUUUUUUUUUUUACUCACAAAUAAUGCCUCACGAUAGUGCAGUGAGACGGUAAUUAUCUUGCUGCCUGUCUUUCAAGUGCUUUAGUUACUCAGGUCCGUUUAGAUAUAUCCUAUUAGACAGCAUUCCACUCUCACAGAACCACUUCAGUGGAGCUUUUUGUUGUUGACUUGGGGGGUGGGGUGGGUUCUCCCAGAGAUGUUUGGUUAUGGAUUAUCUAGUUUGUAAAGCUACCCACUGAUGCAGCUUUAUUUUAAAGCAAUUGUUUUAUGUACUUGAUGCCGUCUCUUCACUGAAGUUACUGAUGUCACUAACUUUGAGUUUUUUUUUAACACAGUGCCUAAUGGAACUACUGUUUGAGUAGUCUACCAUUACACCCCUAAGUUUUACAACAAAAAACAAAAAAUUAAGUUGGUGCUACUCCUUAAAACAGCUUUUGAUAUUUAGAAGACAACUUUUGAAAAUGAAUGUUAAUUGCUACUCUGUGUUCAAGGCUGCUGUUGGCCUUAUCAUUUGUUAUAGCAUGUUGACGUGACUUAUACACAGAUUUGUCAACUGAAAGAGGACAACUGAAAUGUGACCUGUUUUGUUGCACCCACAUUGUUAUGCACAUCUUGUGUGCAUUCAAAGAGAGGAAAACGAACGCAUUUCAACCAAAAUAUUUUAUAGCCUUCAUAAAGAGUAUCAGGUGUUGGUUUGUUUUAAUGCAGGUAUUUUAUAUAUUUCUAGUAGUUCCAGAUUUUACAAUUUAUUCAAACAUGUUUUUCACUGUUUUCGCAGUCUUCUUAAUGACACAUACACAUCUUCACUUUUUUGAAAUCACGUUUAAGAUAUUUUCCUUUUAAUUAAAAGUAUAUUUGGAUCAUUAUUUGGGUGAAAUGCAAUAUUUAUGUACAGAUCAAAUUUGUGUAUCAUGGUGUACAUGAAUAAAAGUUUUAUUGUCUCUUU